AGAGCAGCGCGCAAAGGUCGAGGGCGCGCUUUGCCUCUUCUCUGAGGUCUGGGCUCGCUUUAAAUGAAGACACACAGGUCCCAGAGCUGGCUGAGCUGCUUAGUGGCUUAGGGAGCAGCCAAGCCAUUGUGCUUUCGAGGUGAGGGCGUGCGCCAUGGCGGAGCCGAACCCCAAGCGUCUCAAGAGCGGGCUGCCCUUCUGCACCGUCCACCGGCAGCAGCAGGCCCGGGCGCUGGGCAAGUUGGUGAAGCAGAACUUCCCUCCCGUGGUGGAAGAAGGCCUGUGCGGGCUCAGCAGCGCCCUCCUGGAGGGAGCCUACCUCUUCCAGAUGCUGGGCGAGACAUUUGACCAUUCUGAUAUGGCUUUACCAAAUAUCUCAACAUUUUUCUUGGACCGGGCAAAGGAAGAAAGGGAGGCAGCAGAAGCUUUGAUACAUUACCAGAAUGUCAGGGGAGGCGCAUACUGCACCAAAGUAAUCCAGAAGCCACCCAAUAUACUCAUAAAUGGUGUGUCACCAGCCCUAGAAGUUGCUCUAUUACAAUGGAAGACGGUGGCAGGCUAUUUUGAAGAGCUGUAUGCUCUAUGUAUCAAGUAUGGAGAUCCUCACACUGCAAGUACAAUCAAGAAGGAGUUCCUCAGACCCAAGAUGACAAGAAUCAAGAUGGCAGGAGAUCUACUUACCAAUGCUCAUAGGCUUAGGAGCGCUCAAGAUGGAAGAGGUGACCUUGAAAACUACCUUAUAGAUCGCUUGCAAAAAGAACUCAAGAUUGGGACUGAAUUGGAAACUUGCUGCAGUUUCUGUGUGCCAGUUCAGAAAUGUAUGGGAGCUUCAAGGGAGCUACAUCUGCUACAAGAGGAAUUCCCAUGGCAAAGGAAUAAUGUAAGGCUGAAACAUGCAGACCUGUACUGCUUCACUUCUCAGCCUCGGUGGAAAGGUUUGCGGGAGGCAGAUAGAAGACAGAACCAUAAAUGGUAUUAAAUUGGGUGAGAUUUUGACACCAGGCACUCUCUCUCACACACCAUCAUUGAGCACUUAUACAAUAUGCAUACAUCACUAAACUGCUCUAGUAUUGAGUGUCUGUUGAUGAUUGUGCAGUUAGUGUGAAAAUAGAAUCCUCACCAACAUGUUCACUGUAAAAUCACAAUGUAGUCAUUUAUUAGUUCAUUGCUUCUGCCAUGUUUAAAAGGUUAUUUAAAGCCUUGUCUUGUUGAUCAUCCACAAAAUCUUGUCCUGUUACUCUAUUAACUACUCAGAACUACCCAGACUCAUUCCUUGCUUCAAUAUUUUCAAUCUACAGCACAGUAUUUCUAGUAUUUCUAGUCUGUCCUACAAAUUGGGGGAUGAGGUACAAUACAGCAGUUGAGAGGUGCUAUGUAGUAACUAAUCUACACAUCUGCAGUUUUCAGUGAGGUAGUGAUGUUUAAAUAUAUAUAAAAGAAGAUGG